UAAGGGGCCAUAACGCCAUAGCAACUUUUGUCUCGGACGUAUCGUUGGGGCGCUGUCCCUGGGCGUUUGUACAGAUUUGUAUAUGAAUAUGCAGCGUGGUUUUGGCAAGGGGAGACGCUCCUUGUUCUCGUGCGGCCACCUGCCUGUCUUUCUCUUUCCGCCGUCCAAAGGCUCUAGCUACGCUAGUCUAGGUCUUUCUGCAAGACCUUACCCCCACUCUUUCAUUCUUACGACAGAACCCAACACACUCUUUAUCGUCAUGUCUGCCAUGACCAACGUCUCUUCUUCAACCCCUAGUACUUCCCGGCAGGCAGCCUCCAAGUUCGAUCAGGGAGAAUUCGUAUACAACCUCGAUCUCGUGGUCCUUGCCGUUCUCGCGGUCCUUGUCUUGUUCUCUCUCCCUCGAGCAUUCACUCGCUAUACACAUCUUCCUGAAUGGUUCCAAGGCCUGCUUCUUCAUACUGCAAAGAUCGACGUCCCUGUUCAACUAGACAAGCAAGUUGCAGAGGCACCCAUCACACCCCUCUCUCGGGCAUACUUCUCUCCAACCAGUCCAACUGGUGGAGGUCAUGGCUUCAACGAUUUCUACACAGAGAAGGCCUACAAUGGCUCUGACGAAGGUCAUGGCCCCCGAGGGAACCUCAAUCGUAACAAAUCGUCAGGCAGCGCACACGCAAACCUGCUGCGCAAUACGUCCACCUCAAGUGGUCGGGUUCGCAGAACUCACGUCAAUCUUCCCAGUCAUAUGCAGGGAUGGUCAUCGAUUUUGCCCUCGGUGUCGCAUUACCUCCGGCUCACUAUCCGGCCUGGUCUGACCGUUGGCAAAGCGUUCAUUGUACUCGCGUAUACCGUGGCUAUUGUCUAUGCCGGACUGCUCAAGUCCAAUCCGUUCACCCAGCCUGUUCGCUCUGGUUGGGUGGCCGUCAGUCAAGUUCCUGUUGUGAUCAUCCUGGCGACAAAGAACAAUGUCCCAGGCAUGCUCCUAGGGGUUGGCUAUGAACGUCUCAACUUCUUUCAUCGUUACGCGGGACGUCUGGUCGUGCUCGCGGUCAACGUCCAUGCAUUAGGUUUUAUUUAUGCCUGGUCCAUCGCAGGCACUUUUACGCAGCACCUCACGGUGCCUCAUUACCGCGCAGGACUCAUUGCACUUGUUUGUGCUGACGUCCUCGCAUUCUUCUCCACCUCCUUUUGGAGAAACAAGUUCUAUUCUGUCUUCGUCGCCACUCACAUCAUCGGUGUUGUAGUCCUUCUGGGCGCCAUAUGUAUGCACUCAAACCCGUCAGUCCCAUACGUCUUGAUCGCAGUCGGCGCCUACGCUCUGGAUCGUGUUCUUCGAUUCGUGAAGACGCGUUAUGCGUAUGCUCAUCUCACGGCUCUGAACGAGCUAGGCAUGACGAGGAUCGAAGUGCCCGUCGUUAAUGCUGGGUGGCGUGCGGGUCAACAUGUCCGUAUCCGAGUCUUGUCCAGGGGCAUGGGUUGGUUUGGAUGGGCCGAGUGCCACCCUUUCUCCAUUGCGAGUGUUGCCAAGAGCCCGAAUGAAGAGGGUCUGGUCUUGAUGUGCAAGAAAGCAGGUACAUGGACCACGAAGCUUUUUGACCUUGCCAAGCGUGCCGAGUACGGUGAAGCCGGUGGAUACCAACACGGAGUUAGAGUUCUCAUCGAAGGUCCCUAUGGUGGGCCUGGACAUACUCUUUUUGCUAGCUUCUCGGGUGCGUUAUUCGUUGCCGGAGGUAGCGGUAUCACGUUUGCUUUGAGCGCUGUACAAGAUUUGGUGCAGAAAGAUUUGCGUGGGGAAAGUAGGUUGAAAUCUAUCGAGCUUGUCUGGAUUGUCCAAGACCCAUCAAUGCUUAUUCCUCUCAUACCCACAUUCACCGACAUCCUUUCUCAACGCACUUACGCAACCAUCCACAUUUCCGUUCACUAUACACAAGCCGGAAAUGCACAGUCGGCACUGAAAACCCUCUCACAGAAGCCUCUUCCUAAGGACCUCACCCUCCACGCCGGUCGACCUAAACUUGCACAGACUUUAUCUAGUGUGAUUGAUCAAGCGUGCGCUUUAUCUUUAUUCAAACGUGGUGCUCCGAGGAAAAGUGGUGCUGGCGGAAUCAAUAGUACCGGUCCCUGUGGCGUCAUCGUAGGCGUGUGUGGACCAGGUGGUUUGGCGGAUGAUGCGAGGAGCAUCGUUGGGGCUGUCGAUUCGAAGCGGAGGAAGCAAGUUGGCGGUGUUGAAAUCCAUGAAGAGUAAGUCGUCGUACCUUCCUUUAUUCUUUCGCUUGACGAUUCGACUGAUCCUUCCCAGAGUAUUUGGCUGGUAAUCCGACGAGACCUGCACCCGUGGCUUUGAUGACCAUGGUCGCUCGAAGCAACUUUCGCCACUCCAUCCCUUCAUCACAUCCCAUCAUCCUGACUUCCGUACUCAUUAUAUCGCCGCAUUGACUGCACACCCUCGAUACCAUUUCCACAAGUCCGAACUAUAACGAAGCUGUGCUCAUCAUCAGGUUUGCAAGUUGGAAAGAAGCUGGAACUUGUUAUCUUUCAUCUGAUUACAUUUAUUAUGUUAUGCUCGCAUAGAGGUCGAGUGUUGCUGUUUUUAUUCAAUCAUUAUAGACCCCUCGCAUUAUAUACAUCAUCUUUGUAUCCAAUACAUCGUUUACGUCCUGUGUCGACCUGCUCUGCGAUACCGACGAUAUCUUCAGGUUAUCCAGCUUACAGGUCACCUCAGCAGACAGAACACUUUCAUUUGCAGCAGCCCGACAAAAGCUAAACAGCUUCGAA